AUGCCACACCGUCCCACAAAGGAGGAGCUGCUGGCGGCCGCAAACGGCUUCUGGGAGCGUGUCAGGGUCCGAUUCAAGUGGAUGUCCAUAAGGAGCAUGCGACCGUGGAACGCCGAUGAAUGGGGUGCUUUUGUCUCCUGGUUCAUGCUCGGCCAUCUUGUGUGGAUCCUCGUGGGAACGACAACGUUCUUUUCCCUCAUCAUCUUCUCCAUCAACACCGUCUUUGCUCAGGAAACUCUCGCCAAGUGGGUGGGCGACUAUUUGACCCAAUCGGCUGGUGUCACCGUCGUCUUCGAGUCGGCCAUUGUGCCCAAGUGGAAAAACGGCGUCAUUGCGUUCCGCAACGUAUACAUCUCUCGACGGCCGGGCCAAGUCGAGUCCGCGGUCGACGACGGCAACUACACCCAGUUCGACCUGACCAUUGCAAACAUCAACGUGACGCUGUCUUUCCUCAACUGGUGGAAUGGCAGGGGACCGCUCAAAGAUGUAGAGGUGAAUGGCGUCAGAGGGGUCGUGGACCGGACCUCUGUGCGCUGGCCUCAGGAGCAGGUCGAUCCUCUGUCCUAUCGUCACCAUCACGAGCCCGGGGACUUUGAGAUUGAGUCGUUCAAGCUCGAGGAUCUUCUAUUGACAGUACACCAGCCCAAUGAAUUCCGGCCCUUUUCGGUCAGCAUUUACUCGUGCGAACUGCCGCAGCUGCGUAAGCAGUGGCUAUUCUACGACUUCUUGUCGGCCAACCACAUGUCGGGGUCGUACGAUGGCUCGCUCUUCACGAUACACCCUCGCCAAGUACACGGCAUAGCGUCGAGCCUCGACAGGGGUGCCAGGACGGGCGUGGAGGAGCCCCAUGCCUGGAAGAAGUUUAGCAGGCUCCGGAUAGACGGGCUCAAGAUAGACCACUUGAACCGCGGCGUCGAGGGACCCUUUGGGUGGAUCUACGAGGGCAACGUCGAUAUUGUGGCCGACGUCAUGUUCCCGGCCGACAGCGACGAGGGAAUCACAAAAGUCAUGGCUGAUUUUUACGACCAGCUCGAGGAGGCGGUGAUAACAAAUCGAGCCCGGCUGCUGCAGAACACGGCCAACGCGGCGCCUGCCCUUGUCCGAUCGGGAUACAUCUCCGAGGCGGCCGCCGGCCCGCCGCCGAAGAGCCAGCCAGCCGACCAAGAGGAGAGCGAGAGUCCCAACGAAGAAGACCGCCGCUACCUCGUCAUGGACAUGCGCAUUCAUCUCAACGACGUCAAGGCCGCCGUGCCCCUCUUCACGCGCGACAUGUCGUACGUCAACCAGGCCCUCGUGCGGCCCAUUGUGGCCUACAUCAACGCCAAGAAGACGUACAUCCCCAUCGCCUGCCGCAUCAUCAAGCGCGUCGGCGACUUUGACGGCAGCUGGACUGUCUUUGACUGCGGGCUCAUGAGCGACGCGUCGGCCGAGACGUACGAGGCCUUUGCCAAGGAUGUCGAGGACCAGCAGAGCCGCGUCCGGCGCUUCAAAAAGGUGGGCUUCUGGACCCUGUCCCUGGCCGUGCAUGCCCUCUUCAUGGGUAUGGCCGGCAACGUGGUUUAA